UAGCGAUAUGGCUACAUGGACUAUGGAAAUUUGGGACUUCAAGGCAUUGUGGUGAGUAGGUACGAUUAUGCGAGAUACGCUCCGAGCAUGCUACAACAGUGACAGCUUGAAUCUUUUAUUUAGUAUUUCCUAGAGGAAAGACUGAACUUCCUCAUGUCAGCAUACUACUAAAGUCUCCGAGACAGCAGUAGGUAUAUAUAGUAAACGCCCAUAUCCUUUAACCUAUAUAGCAUGUUCCUCAGAGCGCGCGUCUUUCUAUUAGGAUUUCUGUGUAAAGCUCAUUGCCAUUCCAAAGGGCUUAAACUGUUCCAAACGUUCAACUCGUCACACUCCCACCACUCCCUCUACCACCCAAACCUACACCUCUUCAACCCACCAAUGUCCUCCCACAUCUACGACGUCCUAGUCAUAGGCGGCGGCCCCGCCGGCCUCGCCGCCGGCCUCGCCUGCGCCCGCGUCCGCCGCACCGUGCUCCUCGUCGACAGCGGCGAGUAUCGCAACGCCGGCAUCAAACACAUGCACACCGUGCCGUCGCGGGACCACAUCGCGCCCGAGGACUUCCGCGCCGCCGCCCGCGCGCAGUUCGAUCGGUAUCCGCACGUCCAGUUCGCGUCCGCCAAAAUCAUAGACGCGGUGCAAAAAGAGACGGCGAGCGGGUUCCCCGGGUUCGAGAUCCGUGACGAGAACGGGGAGGCGUAUGUGGGCCGGAAGCUGGUGCUGGCGACGGGGUCGAGGGAUGUGUUUCCGGCGAUUGAGGGGUUUGGGGAGAAUUGGCCUGGGCAUAUUUAUCAGUGUCUUGGAUGUGACGAGUUUGAGCAACGCGGUACGCCCAUUGGGAUCCUGGGUUUCGCGACCCCGGAGGCCUCGCAUUUGGCUUCGAUGGCGCUUGCGUUUGAUAAUCGCGUUACGGUUUUCAGUAAUGGCCCCGUUAGUGAUGCGGUGCCGAUUCAAGCGGCGCUCGCGACGGUGAAAGCGCAGGGCGUGAAGCUUGACGAGCGGAAGACCAAGCGGCUGAUCAAUAAUGGCAAGAGCCACGAGCAGGGCGUGAGUAUUGAGUUUGAAGAUGGGAAGAGUGUGACGUUGGGGUUCUUGGUGAGUAAGCCGCCGAUUGUGAAUCGGGCGCAGGAGUUGAUUGAGCAGUUGGGGGUAAAGACAGUGACGAGAGAGAAGGGGGGACAUGUGGAGGUGGAUGGAAUGUUUAAUGAGACGAGUGUUAAGGGGUGUUUUGUGGCGGGGGAUACGAUGACGCCGAUGCAGCAGGUGGUGGUUGCGAUGGCGGAGAGGUUGAAGGCAGCGGCGGGUGCCGGGAUGCAGAUGAUUAUGGAGGAGAGUGCGAGGGCGGUGGAGAAGAAAAAGGAGAAGUUGUGAUGAU